GCGCCGCUGGCCCACCUCGCCCUUGGCCUCAUUGGCGAGGGAAAGAUGUGGUCGCCGGAGAGUGGCUGGUCGGAUGCAAAGUACGUUCUCGAGUCGCACAACCUGAAACCGCUGCACCUGAAACCAAAAGAGGCCCUGGCGCUGAUCAACGGCACCCAGCUGAUCACCUCGCUGGGCGCCGAGGCGGUGGAGAAAGCCUGCUACCUGGCCCGCCAGGCGGACAUCGUCGCCGGCAUGACGCUGGAGGUGCUGAAAGGCACCACCCGCGCCUUCGACUCGGACAUCCAGAAGAUCCGCCCCCACCCGGGGCAGGGACAGGUGGCGAAACGGAUUCGGGCGAUCCUCAACUCGCCCGUCUACCCCUCGCAAAUUGCCGAGUCGCAUCGUUUCUGCAAUCGCGUCCAGGACGCCUACACUCUGCGCUGCUGUCCGCAGGUGCACGGCGUCGUCCACGAUACGAUCGACUUCGUGAAGGGCAUCAUCACCACGGAGAUGAACUCGGCCACGGACAAUCCUCUCGUUUUUGUGGAGCGCUCGGAGAUCAUUUCCUCAGGGAACUUUCACGGAGAGUAUCCCGCCAAGGCGCUGGACUAUCUCGCCAUUGCCGUCCACGAGCUGGGCAACAUGAGCGAGCGGCGGGUGGAACGGCUGGUCAAUCCGGCGCAAAGUGGCUUGCCCGCUUUUUUGGUCCAUAACGGAGGCCUCAAUUCCGGUUUCAUGAUCGCCCACUGCACGGCUGCCGCUUUGGUCUCUGAGAACAAAGUGUACUGCCACCCUGCCUCCGUCGACUCCCUGUCGACGUCUGCCGGCCAGGAGGACCACGUCUCUAUGGGAGGCUUUGCGGCGCGGAAGGUGCUGCAGGUGAUUGAGAACGUGGAGCGCAUCAUUGCCAUUGAGCUGCUGGCCGCCUGUCAGGCCAUCGAAUUUCUCCGUCCGCUGCGCACCACCAAGCCGCUGGAGUCAGUGUACAGCCUGGUUCGGACGCUCGUCAAACCUUGGGACAAGGAUCGAGUGAUGAACACUGACAUUGACGCGGUCACUGAUAUACUGUCGGAGCAACGCGUCUGGAAAGUGGUGAAACCGUUCAUUGAAAAGUACUACCAAGAAAAGGAUUUUGAUAUGCGACCACCCUCACCGACUGCGACCAUUCUCGGAAAAACUUCACGGUUAGAAAAAGAAUUGCGGGCACUUAAUGUUAGGAAAAUUCAAGAAAAAACCAAACAACAGGAACAGCAACAAAGCCCGACUGAUGAAGCAGGAAAAU